AUCAAUGUUCACAAUUUGAGGCAAUUAUUGGACGUUAUACGAAAACACCUUUGAGUUUCCCAAACUCCAGUCUUCGCCACCCACCACGCUUUCGUGCAUUUUCGCGUGUAUGAAUGGUAUUCCCAUUCCAAACAAGUCGUUCCACGCUGAACGCGCCCGAUGAUUGUUAAACAAGUCCCACGUGGCAUCGGCCAUUUACGCUGUCCGCUUUAAUCGACCCGAUUAAGAUACCAGUGUGUGUGUACGUGCUUCACGUGUUCCACGUGACGCAGACAUCGUUAAAUGCUGAGCGCGUCAUGUGGGCGAACGAGUUAAUGUGAUGGGAGUUAAUUGUCCUCUUGCAACCUCGCUGGGCAGAAUUUUAAACUUUUGUCCUGGAGAAAUUCGAUGCACAAUGAAGCUCUUUUUCACACAUUGGCCCAGUAGGAAGGGGGUCACUAAGUUACAAACUUUUUUUUCUUUCGAGGCCGUGUUUGCCGGUGCACCCCCGAGUAGCCUUUCGGGAGCGGCCCUUUGAACAAACGUGUCGUCGAUACGACCGACGGCAGAUGUUUCAACAACAAAAAAACAUUUGCUCAGUGUUAAUUUGUAAAAGUAGAAGCAAAGCCUUUGGCAGCCAGCCAGCUCGCUCUCCAUUCAUCGUUGCUUAGCAAUUACAUAUUAAUUGUACCGUGAAAAGUCUCUCUCCCCCCCCUGCUCGUUAUUUUGAACAGGUCAUUAAGAUUCCCCCCUCCACCCCCACUUUAAGUCGCGUUACAAAUCCCCAUAAUCUCAACACUGUAUUGUGCGAAUGUUUGCAUUGGUUUAUUGCGACAUUAACCUCCAAGCGAUUCCUGCGAUAUUACUUUUCAACAGUUACCACUCCCUUUCUCGACAACGAAACUAACUUCUCGCUCUCCAAACAAACCCUCGCAUUACUUUAAAGCCGGCGCAAUAGUUGCUUUUACAAGGCUCUGUGUGUGUGUAUUGUGGAGUGUAAGAAUGUGGAAGGGCAGUGAUAGAGGUGGGGGGGGGGGGUCUUUGCGACACGCGUUUUUCACAAUACGCAUAAUCUUCUUGGCGCCUGCUUCUGAAUACCAACCACCAAUAACCAAUAUCAUUACACGGUGCUUAAUUUCAGCCGUCAGUCCGGUAAUUAUUUCGGCACAUCGCAAUCUCACCGUUUGUGUCCGCGUGUUUCUAUGAACCUGUUCAUAGGAUGAUUGGAACAUAGGGCACAGUAAUAUCGGAUUAUUGCGGAUAGCUGUGCCUUACGCCGAUAAUCCCCACUCCAAAAGUCAGUCUCGCAGAGUUCCAUAAAAAAAAAUCGGGUGAGAAAUUACGCAAAGCCGCUCCUGAAAGCUACAGCUCGGCGUGAAGUUGUGGCCGGGCUGCUGUCGCUUCAUGUUGCUGCUGUUGUUACGUCGUGGUUGGUUCCGUGCUGUACGCGUUGCGUGCCCUGGUUUUGCCUUCACGCCCGAGUACACACGGGCUAACACCGAGUAAGUAGUAGGAGGAGGAGGAGAGAGAUAGGCGGGGUUUUUUUUUUGCACCGCAGCCAAGUCGCGUUCGUACCAGCAACGCAAGCAAAACUGUACUACGUGUCCAGGGGGAGAUUGCGUAGCACGGAGGGAGAGAUCAGAGUUGAGAGCAACGCUACCCAUAGAACAGAGAGUUGGACCGGAGUAGAGAGCAAAAGCAAUGUGUAGCACAGAAGGCGGCGUGCAUUUGCCCAGGCAGUAGUAGUGUUUGCCCAGUGUUGGUGUUCGACAAGAGAGCACAGUGGAGUGUAGCUCAGAAUGAAGACUGCAUGCAUUCCCGUAGCGGCAGAUAUCCCAGUGAAGAGAGUUAACGCAGUAUAUUGCUCGUGCGACAGAGAACAGGAACAGGGUAGGCAGAGUGCAACCCGGAUAGUCCACGCGGCAGUGUAGCACAGACAGCAGUCCAGAGACAAACGCCCGCGGGAUGCAAUUGAACGGGGGACGGCGGUAAUGGUGGUGGUCGAUUGUUGGAUUCUGAAUGCGGCUCAAACCGGCCCCGCUAGUGCUCCAAGGUGCGCUCGUCAUUCCGAUGUGGCCGUGGAUAAUAAGACCGGUUGGGUUCGGAUCUCGCCGCCACCGCCUCCCAGCGUCAACGCGGCGGAACGCAUCGAUUUCUGGACGCCCAGGGGGAGGCGUGGUCGGUGUUUGGUAGUAGUUGUUGCAGUUCUCGUGCUGCUGCUGCUGGUGGUUGCUAGUGGUUCGUGCUCGAUUUACAACCUCAUCACAACCCCCCCCCCGCCACUCUUCUCGAGACAAAGGUCAAAGUACGUUUGUCUUCGACGGGGGUCUCGACUUCGCCGCGCAACUCCUGCCCCGUUCGGUGCCAGCUGCCGCGGGGGCGACACGAGGAGGACUUCAACGCCACGAGGAGGACGUUAACGCCACGCGCUCGGGGGGUCGGGGGUGGUGGUGCUGAGCCUUCGUCGCGGCUCCGGCACAGCGAGACGUGUCGGGAUUCGGUCACAGCGACCUCCGGAGGGGGGGAGGGGGACGUUGGAUGCGAGCGACUGUUGAGACCGUGCGGCCGGGGAGGCUGUGGAGAUUGACUCGGAGGACUCACGCGCAGCACAUACAUUGUGGAGGUGGGGGGGGGUUAGGCACAGCAGGGGGGUUCAUUUGGACCUACAAGAGAGGGGAGGCCUGUAAGAGGAGAGUGGACUCCCACUAAGAUCCACAGAGAGGUGUGUGAGAGUUGCGGGUUCGCUCGGACGCCACCACUCACUCCGCCUCGAGAAGGGGGUUUAAGAGAUAGGGUUCAGUCGGACACCCCCCCAACCUGCUCCCCUAGAUAGGGGAGGUUGUGAUAGUUGGGGAAGUUGUGAUAGUUGGGGAGGUUGUGAUAGUUGGGGAGGUUGUGAUAGUUGGGGAAGGGUUUCCCUAGGACUCUCGUAGACAGAGGAAAGGCUCAGGAUCGGGUCUGCUCCUGCACGGCAUCAUCGCCACCACCCACCAACAUCGCCACCACCAUCAUGGGCUCCAUGCGGAGACCCAAGUACCGCAGCUCGCCCAACCUGCAAGGCGAGGUGUUCCGCUACGACCUGACGCCGUGCCUCCAGGAGGAGCGCGCCUCCCUCUCGGGGCAUCCGCAGCCGGGAUCGGAGAUCACCUGGGACAGUGUGCAGGAACGGGUCGUGGCCGUGUUUUCCCGCAAGGGCCUGAAGGACAACGAGCUUUUCGUGUUGACGGAGAAAGUCCGGCAUUUAUUGAAGUCUCACGUGGGCCCGCUCAUUCUCGACUAUUUUAAGAUGCAGCUCCUGACGAGGGGCAUGGUGAUCCUGAGAGAGAAGCUGCGCUACUGCGAAGGUCAAAAGUUGCUGGACACCCUGGCGGAAGUGUGGGAAUAUUUCUUCGGUGAAAUCCUGCCGACCCUUCAAGCCGUGUUCUACCCGGUGCAGGGGAAGGAGCUGAGCGUGCGGCAGAUGUCACUGCUCGCCUUCCGUAACGCGAUCCCGCUCAAACUGAAGCUGGACGAGGCGCUGAUCCGGCCGCGUGCCCGCGUUCCCCCCACCAUCGCGCAGAUGCUGCUGGUGCUGGAGAGCGUCCACGAGCCCCAGGCCCCUACGAGCGAGUACCUGCAGCUGGAGGCGCUGAUCCCGCGCGUCGUCUCUUCGUACCUCGGCACGUUCGGCACGGUGCACGCCGGUGGGGAUCUUGCCGAGCACUCGGUGUGCCUUCUCGAGAAACGCUUCUCCUGCCGUCCUCCCAAGAUCUCGCCGCCGGCCGGCUCGCCCACCGUCAAGAACGCACCGCCACGCUCCUGGAGCCACAACGGCCACCCGCUGGGGCCUCUGCCGGAGACCGAAUGCGACACGGGGGCGGCGGCGCAGAUCUUCCCGCCAGGGGACGGCACUGCCGGAGAACCCGACCGCGGGCCGACCCUCGGCGAGGCCGCCCGGGGCCCGGACGCGAGCGGCGACGCCGCCGUCGCCCCCGAUGCCGUCGUGCAGAGCCUCGUGAAGAGCCUCAGCGAGUCCGAGAUCGCCGACAAGCCGACGGCCAAGCUGGAGGCGUGCUGCUCCUUCGCGCAGGACCUCAAGUCGCUGGAGAUCUGCCGCGCCGAGCAGAGCGUGUCGGUGCCCGACUUCCUGGUGCCGUCCUUCUCCACCGCCCAGCAGGAGCAGCUGCUGGGCGCCUUGCACGAGCGGGCGGCCGACCACCUGGCCAAGGGCUCGAGCGCCUCCGACGCCGCCUUCCCGGGGCUCUCCGAGCUCCCAAACUCCGCGGGUUCGCGACCCGCGCCCAGGGACGCGCGCGACUACGGCGGCGUCGGCGGCGGCGUCGCGGGCGGCGGCGGCGGCGGCGGCGGCGGCAGCAGCGAGUACAGCGGCCUCGGCGUACCGGAGGGCGGCGGCCGCAAGUCGCCGUCGCCCUACGCGCCCGCCACGCCGUGCCAUCUGCACCAGCGCGAGCUGAGGGCGGCGGGCCCCGCGCUGCCCUACACGGUUAGCGAGCCCAUCCUGCGCGGCGGCCGCGAUUUGGCGGCGUGCGGAACUUGGGACUCGAGCACGCCGAGUUCCGGGACCUCUGAGGAGCGACGGUGUGGCGGCGCACCGCCAGUUUGCGAGUUUGAAGCGAGAUGAAACUCUUCCCCCCCCAACACACACCACGCCCGAGCCAAAAAAAUUACGCCUCUUAUCUCAGAUAUCUAUCCAGGCUGUAUGUUCUGGGUUGUUUGAAGUGAAGAUUUUGUUUGCGUAUUUGUUUAUUCAAAUUUUCCGUGCGCUGUGUAUACCAUUGCAUGCACAGUUGGAGCUGGAUAUAAGCAGUUCCGUUGGGAACAAGGCGAACUGUGCACCAGGGUAACAUAAGCACGUGUUGCUUAUAUUAGAACUGUGCUUAUAUCAAACUUCUAUCGCAGAGCGACGCACCAGCUUCGUAAUGGCACCCCUGUGGUGGCACUGUAUCGUGAAUUGACGAGGUUCCUGAGAGUCGAUUCAAAGUAGUGUUGUGUUUUUGUUGUUGUCUCAUUGACGAAGCUUUCAAGCACAGCCGUUGUGUUGUGUGUAGCUUCAAGAUGAGAGCUGUUCGUUGUUGGGUUACGUCUCCCGCUGAGAAUGGCCCAGCUGUGAAUGGCCCGAGUCACAGAAAGCCAGAAGUGCCCAGCGGGUCAGCCUGAAAGGAUGGACUUUGAAAGUUAACACGAUUUAAUGAUUAAUUAUGAUUUUUUUUUUUGCUCACGACGGCUCGCGAGCGUCCUUAAUAAUUUCACGAGUGGCGCAGCUCCACCGACGCGUUCCCCUCGGGUUUGUCCCGCGCGUCGUGCCGGGACCUUCUCCGGGACAACCGAAUUCCUCCGGUGGAACAGCGGCGCGGUACGAGUCCAGGCAAAUGCCAUGGGAGAGCCGUGCGUACUGCACGGCCGCGGGAAACCUGCCACAAGACGCCACAACGUUAGAGGGCAGUCCCAAGGCCGCGGUUAACAUUAUUAGGCAUUUCAAUCGCUUCGCUUUUUUUAAAAGGAGGACUUGGCAUCUGCGGCGUCAACAAAUAAACGUUUACUCCUGAGAAAUAACCCCCGCCUCCACUUCUCCGUCCUGAGGCUGCGUCGCUCGGCACGGUGGGCUAUGUACGGUGUGAAAGAAGUUCAACAUGCACACACUCUUACUGUACCUUAACACAAGCCUCCUGCCAUACAGGAAAUCCUAUCACCGGUGGGUGGGGUGUUGGAGGAGGGUAAAAGGCAGUCUAAGUUUCGUUCUGUCUCGCAGUACUGAGAACUGAAGAGAUGCAUUCACAUUGUUUUUCAUAGCCGUGUCUGAGCAGAGGUCCCAAAGGGCUCCCAAACUCCCGAUCGACCAGCAAACAAACGGACGGCAUCGGAAUCUUUAUUUUGUGCUGGAGGAAUGCGAUGAGCUCCAAACGCUCUUUCAGUUCCGCGCACAUAAGUCAGGUCGACAAGACGUAGCGAUCUGGCGCACGCGCGCUCUGGACACGUAACAACAACAUCAAUCAGUUUAACACGUAGGCUUUCGCGACCAAUAUUAUUCAUAAUAAAGGUUUUUG